AUGGCUCAACUUAUCACGAGAAUAAUUGCGCUGUAUCACUAUGUGAAUGACGAACUCAGUGAUCCUCGCACUUCGGAUUACCCGAUGAUGAAAAAUCCAUUGAAGCUCUUAAUACUCCUCGGGCUGUAUCUUUACUUUGUGUUGGAAUUGGGCCCCAAAAUAAUGGAGAAGCGAAAACCCUUCAAUCUGGAGCGCAUUCUCAUUGUGUUCAAUGUGGCACAAAUUGCUAUUUGCUCGUAUCUCCUGAUCUCGGCCAUGAUUGUCCUCAUUUCAGUGAGGCACAAUUGGCUGUGCCAGCCCCUCGAUUACUCCAGCUCGCCGAAUUCUCUCCAUAUUGUCAAGCUCGUAUAUUACUACUUCCUAACGAAGGUGCUCGACUUGCUGGACACGGUGUUUUUUGUGCUGCGGAAGAAGAACACACAGAUCAGCUUCUUGCACGUUUACCACCAUGGAGGGAUGCUGGUGGCCACAUGGAUAGGCGUGAAGUACCUGCCAGGAGGGCACAAUGUCACACUUGGUGUUGUCAAUGCUUUCGUUCACGUCGCCAUGUAUUCUUACUACUUGCUGAGCUCCCUCAGCUUCAAGUACAAGAACAACCUGUGGUGGAAGAAGCACAUCACUCAAUUGCAAUUGAUCCAGUUCCUCAUACUCACGGUGCAUUACUUACUACUCUUCUUCAUCGACUGCGACUUCCCCAAGUUCACGGCAUAUUUCAUGGUUCCCCAGAAUAUCUUCAUGCUGGCCAUGUUCGGUGACUUCUAUUAUAGGGCGUAUGUGAGCCCAAAAGCGACCCCAGCAGAGGUCAAGAACAGUCCAGAUAAGGCCAAUCACGUAAAUGGAAAUUUUAAUGCAUAUUUCGAGGCCUUGAAAGUGAAUCUUGACGAAGAGGAUUAUGGUGAAAAAGUUGAGGAUCACAAGCAGAAGUAA